GUAACAGCAGUAAGUGGAGACAAAUGGCUGGGACAAAAGCAUGUAGCAUUCUGAUCACAGGUGCUAACAGAGGCCUAGGUUUAGAGAUGGUCAGGCAGCUGGUGGAGGGACCCUGCACAGCCCAGAAGAUUUUUGCUGGAUGCCAUAGUCCUCAAGGACCUCAGUCAAAGGCACUGCAAGAUCUGGCAGAAAAAUACCCAGACAUCAUCACUGUUGUCCCUCUUGACACUACUGACCCCAGCAGCAUUAAAGAGUCUGCUAAGAUGGUGGGGUCGCAGGUGGGGGACAAGGGGCUGAACGUGCUGGUGAAUAACGCUGGUGUGCUGGCUCACGGAAAAAUGCAGGACACCUCCGCUGAUGACAUGCUCUGUGCUUUCACUACCAAUGUGAUAGGACCCAUGUCUGUCACCAAGGAGUACUUACCGUAUCUGCGUGUUGCAGCCAGAAGUAGUGGCGAACCAGGCAUGUCCUGUUGUAAGGCAGCUGUGAUCAACAUCUCCAGUAGGCUAGGCUCCAUGAGCAGCAUUCCCCAGCUCUACUCCAUCUUCCCUGCUUUCUCUUACAGCAUCAGCAAGGCCGGCCUGAACAUGUUGACAGUGUAUGCUGCUCUGGAGCUGAGGAAGGAUGAAAUCCUCUGCACUGCUCUGCACCCAGGCUGGGUGCGCACAGACACAGGAGGAGAACAGGCAUCAAUGGAGGCCAAGCAGAGUGUUGAAGCCCUGCUGAAAGUGAUGAGUUCACUCAAUGAACAGCAUCACGGUGGGUUCUUGGAUUACGCUGGGAACACUGUGCCCUGGUGAUCCAUGACCGUUUACAUACGUACAUAUUGAA